CAGCUGAUUAUCAUUUGGCUAAAAUUAUAUCGCUGGCAAUUUGCUUCCGGGAUUAUAAAGUUUUACGGGAAUUACUCUGGCAAAUAAUAUAUAAAAAAUGUGCUGGAGAACGCCUAAAGCAUGGCCAAAAUAAGUGCAAUAAUAUUUCUAGUGAAAGGAAAGGCGCAGAGCUCUUAAAUCAAUUGGCUACAUGAAGUGAAUGUGCAUGUGUGCGUGUGGCCCGGGCCUUGGCCUUUUAUUUAUCGAAUUCGUAUCAAUUAAAUUAAAAUGCUGAGCAAUAUAAGGCACUUGGCAUUUACGGUGACGAUUUGGUAGCCGGCAACUGUGUGUACGACUGAUAAGCGGACUACGGGGAAUGCCUGUGAUUUACGCGUAUACUGUGUUUACCCUACCUGUUUACCGCUCAAACAAUAUAAAAAAGAAAAACUUAGGCGUGAUAAGGGGCAGACUUCGUUUACACCUGAAAUUGCUCAAUAAAGACGUGGCAACAAGACUAAACGAGUACCCAGCAUUUAUAUUUUUAUUUAGACAAUAAACAGCAACUAAUACUAAGAGCUAACUUUCAUAUCUUAUUAAAUAUUAAUUAGUUCAAUUCCGGCGCCAAAAGCAAAGGUUCUCCUAUCUUAAAGCUCUCUUUUUUUCUCUCUCUUAAAAGUAAACUUAAACUUAAGCUAACUACGCUUGCUCUCAAUUUUUGUUUUUAAAAUGGCUGAGAACAAUGUACCGCUACGUGAUUUCGAUGAAGAGAGCGAAACGGAUUCGGAGACAGAAUUGCUCAUACGUCGCGAUGUUCCGAGCGGUAAAGGCAUCAACAAUAAUAACAACAUCAACAGGGGAAGGCUGCGAAAAAGCUCAACGGGCUAUAGUGGCGUCGAAGUCGACGUCGGCGCUGGCAGCUCUGCCGCCGGCGGCGGAGGCAGCUUUCUGGGCAAUCUCUUUGGAUCCAACAGUUUUGGCUCUGCCGCCGGCCAGAUACGUUAUAGAAAUGAGCGGAGUCGCGAGCGCGCCAAAAACUCCAACGGCAACUACAGCAGCAUUUCGAAACUGGCGCAAUUAACGCACACGUCAUCGGGCGCGGGAGCGGGGGCGGGAUCGAACAGUGGUGGGAGUGGUAGUGGCACCGGUAGCGGCAUUGGAGUAACCACUACGGAUAACAAUGCAGCAACAUCUGCAGGAUCGUCACACCCUUCGGGGGAUCUCAAUAAUGGCGGUACACACAGCACCGUCAUCGAUCCGGAAAAUGGAACAUCCACAGUCUUCUACCAGCAUAAUCGACGGAAAAGCAAGAGUCGCAGCAUUGGCAACGUCUGCAAGUUGUGUCUUUGCAGCUGCUGGCGCAAAUGGUUCCGGCCACGGGAGUUACGGGCUCGAACCGUAAAUCUGGGUCGAGUAAAUACGGAGAAAUUCCCGCCGAACGAGAUCCGAAACCAGAAGUACAACUUCAUCACCUUCCUGCCGCUGGUGCUGUUCGAGCAGUUUCGCUUUUUUCUCAACCUUUACUUCCUGCUGAUGGCGCUCUCCCAGUUUAUUCCGGACAUCCGGAUCGGCUACCCGUACACCUACUGGGGUCCACUCGGCUUUGUCCUGAUGGUCACCAUUUGCCGAGAGGCGGUCGACGAUCUGCGACGCCAUCAGCGAGAUCACGAGGUUAACUCCCAGAAAUAUAAGCGACUGUCGGCCACCAACGGCAGCGGCUAUGAGAUGGUACCCAGUUUAAAGCUUAAGGUCGGUGACAUUAUUAUUGUGGAGAAGAACGAGCGGGUACCUUCGGAUCUAAUCCUGCUGCGAACAAGCGAUCGAAGCGGAUCGGUCUUUGUGCGAACAGAUCAACUGGAUGGGGAAACAGAUUGGAAACCUCGACUCGCCGUUCCCUACACCCAGAAACUCAGUCGCGAUUCGGAGCUGCACAGCAUUGAUGCUAGCUUCUACGUUGAGAAGCCCCAGAACGACAUCCACAGCUUUAUCGCCACCUUCUGUAUGGCGGACGGCAGCGAAGAUACCGGUCUCAGUGUGGAGAACACUCUGUGGGCCAACACCGUCGUGGCCGCCGGCACAGCCACUGGAAUUGUCAUCUACACUGGCUGUGAAACGCGCAGCGUGAUGAACAACUCACAGCCAAGGUCAAAGGUGGGCCUGCUUGACAUGGAGAUCAACGGUCUGACCAAGGUUUUGUUCUGUGCCGUGCUGGGACUGUCCUUAGUCAUGAUGAUGCUCAAGGGUUUUGGGGGUCCUUGGUACCGAUACAUGUUCCGCUUUGUACUGCUCUUCUCCUAUAUCAUUCCAAUCAGUCUGCGCGUGAACUUGGACAUGGGAAAGGCCUUCUACUCGUGGCAAAUGCAGAACGACUCAAAUAUACAGGGAACUGUAGUCAGAUCAACAACCAUACCCGAGGAACUAGGAAGGAUCUCGUACGUGUUGACGGACAAAACGGGGACACUUACCCAGAACGAGAUGGUCUUCAAGAAGAUCCAUCUGGGCAUAGUAUCGCACGAUGCAGACACUUUCCAUCAUAUUGGACAGAUGAUACAGAAGCUGUCGGGUAACAUUUUACAACAACAGCAGGGCAGCGUAUCCAGCUCGAGCAGCGGCGGAGAGUCGACGAAGCCAAUUAUGUUCGCCGGCAACAGGAUGCGUCGUCCGGAGGGAUGGCGUGAGUGGGAGGCAGUGCGAGCACUGGCCCUAUGUCACAAUGUAACGCCAGUCAGCGAUGACGAGGACAACCGAUCAGUGUCCACGGCAUCUACUGUGACUGGCGGUAACAACUCGCCAACCAAAUCUGUGAUAAACAUCGAGGCCCCUGGCAGUACGGACACCGAGCAUCAGUAUCAGGCUGCAUCGCCAGAUGAAAUAGCGCUGGUUAAGUGGACUGAGCAGGUUGGCCUGACCCUGAUUGCCAGGGAUCUUAACACUAUGACAUUGCAGGUGAAGACCCCCAGCGAAGACAAUGACAUUCUGCUGCACUAUCAGAUUCUGCAGUUGUUCCCCUUUACCAGCGAGAGCAAGAGAAUGGGAAUCAUAGUUCGUGAGAGCAAAUCUGGGCAGAUAACGUUCUACCUGAAAGGUGCCGACGUGGUAAUGUCCAGCAUCGUUCAAUACAAUGACUGGCUCAGCGAGGAGUCAGGCAACAUGGCACGAGAAGGACUUCGCACUCUUGUGGUGGCUAAAAAGGUGCUCACCGAGGAGCAGUAUUCCGACUUUGAGACACGCUACAAUGCAGCUCGUCUCAGUAUUACCGAUCGCGUCGCAAAAGUGGCGGCAGUCACAGAAUCCCUUGAGCGUGAGCUGGAACUGCUUUGUUUAACGGGCGUGGAGGACCGUCUUCAGGAGAACGUACGUCCCACGCUAGAGCUGCUGCGGAAUGCUGGCGUUCGCGUUUGGAUGUUAACAGGCGACAAGCUGGAGACUGCAUGCUGUAUAGCUAAAUCCUCACAGCUGAUUGGUCGGAACCAAGGUCUACAUGUCUUGCGUUCCGUUAAAACUCGAACAGAUGCCCACCAGGAACUGAAUAGCUUCCGUCGUAAGCAGGGGCAUGCUCUAGUUAUUUCGGGAGAAUCUCUCGAAGUAUGCCUGCAGUAUUACAGACCAGAGUUCCUGGAGCUGGCCACGGCCUCACCGGCUGUUGUCUGUUGCCGCUGCUCGCCCACCCAAAAGGCCCAGGUUGUGGCUCUCAUCCAAAAGCACACAGGCAAACGAACAUGCGCUGUUGGGGAUGGUGGCAAUGAUGUCAGCAUGAUUCAGCAGGCGGACGCCGGAGUUGGCAUAGAGGGGCGCGAAGGAAGACAGGCCUCGCUGGCCGGCGACUUUAGCAUUCCGCAGUUUUCGCACAUCGCCAAGCUUCUGCUCAUCCACGGCCGAAGGAGUUAUAAACGUUCGGCAGCUCUUUCACAGUUCGUCAUCCACCGCGGCCUGAUCAUCACCACCUUGCAGGCGGUCUUCUCGGCGGUUUUCUACCUCAGCUCGGUGGCUUUGUAUCAGGGCUUUCUCAUGGUUGGUUAUUCGACACUGUACACCAUGUUCCCGGUGUUCUCAUUGGUGCUGGACCAAGACAUCACUUCGGAGACGGCAGUCACGUAUCCAGAGCUUUAUAAAGAUUUGUCUAAAGGACGCAGUCUAAGUUACAAGACCUUCUUUAUAUGGGUACUCAUUAGCAUAUACCAAGGCGGCGUCAUUAUGUACGGAGCUCUAAUACUCUUUGUGGACGAGUUUAUCCACAUUGUGGCGAUCAGUUUCUCGGCUUUAAUUAUGACAGAACUCAUCAUGGUAGCUCUCACUGUGAGAACAUGGCAUAGGUUAAUGGUGUUAGCGGAACUAUUCAGUUUAGCGCUCUAUCUUAUUUCAUUGGCCGUGUUACAUGAGUAUUUCGACUGGGAAUUUAUUUGGUCGUAUGAUUUCCUAUGGAAGGUUUCCCUCAUUACGCUGGUCUCCUGCUUACCAUUGUACAUAAUCAAGUUCUUGCGUAAGAAAUGUUCGCCGCCAUCAUACUUGAAGCUCUCUUAGAUGGUGGCUUGGCAUCAAAUUUACAAAUAACAAUUGCUCCAGACUUUAUAAUUUUCAUGGCGUUCUGUUCACAAUUUAAACGUUAUUGUUUAGCACUAUACAAGUUGUUUUUUAACUGAGCAGCCAUCCCACAAAUUUCCCUCGAUUUGCCAAUACCCGCACCUAUCCCAAAUAUACGUGAUAUCAGGUUAAACCCCCCUUCCUCGACACAACUUUUCUUUAUGAUAUUUUUGUUUAAUUUUAAAAGUUACACAAAAUACAAGAGGAAAAGUGAUCCGAUUAUUGUAAUUAAAAGCAAACCGAUUCUUAUUUGUAAGCCGAGGCGAAACAUUUUUAAUAUAUAUUUCAGUUUUGUAUUCCUGUGUGUAUUUGAAUAAUAUUAAGUCGCAGAAAACCAAAUUAUGUUACUAAUUAUUUAAUGAUAAAAUAAAUUAAUAAUAAUUGUAUCUAUGACUAAAACUGAAAUCAAUUACAGUGGUAUAAAAAGAGAUGUAAAACGAAAGAUAGAUUUUGUAUAAGGACUUAGAAAUUGAAUUGGAUUGUGUAAUAACUAUAAUAAAUAUACAUAUAUAAAUGAAA